UAAAUUCCUUUUCAACAUGGAAUAUAAAAUGUAUUCAAUUAAGGAACAAUUCAAAUCGUUACAACUAUUAUAAUCAAGGAUUUAUCAAAACGAGAUCAAAGUAUUUUAUGUGAAUCGAUCUCCAAAACGAUCAAUCUUGUAAAAACAUUCUGUAGGUCGGAAAUUUAUCAUUGAAAAUGUGGAUAUACAUACAGUGAAGAUUUACAGAUUUUCCUUUCAGUGUUUGUUUUACACUUAUGUAGAUACAUUCGUUCAUUCUGUUUGUUUACAUUAGAUAGUAAAUGAAGUAGACUAUAAUCGUGGUGAAGGAUUAAAAUCCCGUUAAAUCUGUUUUGAAAAUAUUCCUAUAUCUACUUUGUGAGGUGAAUAUUGAUGACAUUAGUUAUAUCAAUGCAUUAAUCAUAUGUAAACACAUUUACUUUAAACCUGAAAAGAAAAUGAAGCCCGAUGGAGAAAUAUAUCAUGUUUGAAAACUCGCAUGGACAAAUAAUAAGUGCAGUGAUAUCAGAAAACUUUUUUUCCAUAAAAUCUUAAAAUAAUGCCAUCAGGGGUAAUGAGCUCACCGGAAUCUCCAGUGCGUCUUCAUUCGCCAUUAGCAUAUGUACAUCCGAGAUUAACAGAAAGAGGAUCUUAUGUUCAAAGAUGGAAAGCUUUACGAGACAGAAACAGGAAUCUUCCUAAACUAGACUUCAAUACACAAAUUGCUGCUAAUCUACACAGACAGAACACCAAAGCUCAUCUUGGUAUAACAAGAUCAUUGACACUGGAGAGUAUGAAACUUCCUUACAUAUCUAAUGGCAGCAUAGCAAAUGGUUCAAUAUAUACUACAAAAAGUAACAAAGAAACAGGAUCUAAGAAAGUCGGAGUACAGGUGCUGAUACAUUAUACGAGAUGGCGGUAUAGUCCAGUUGGAAAAUCGGAAACAGAAAGUAUUUUAUCUGACACCAAAUUACUGAAUGGUACAUUGUCAAAGUCAUUACCUAACGUGGCUGAUGUUGAUAACGAAGUUAACAAACCAAGCAAUAAUUCAUCAAAGCACAGAUAUGAACGAAUAACUCAAAAGAAAACACUUAUAAAUCGGAACCCAGACAAAGCAGAAAAUGAGGACAAAGAAGGUCAGCCAUUAGAACAAUCUGGUACCUGUAAAUAGGAUAACUCUAACACUGAUGUAACUAACAAACCUGUAACAAGACACGAAGAGAUUAACCAUACUGCUUGACAUUGUGCAAUAUUUAACAGAAAUUCACACUGAUUACAUGUCAUUCAUCAGUAACCUUACAUUCUACAAAGCGGUACACUGAGUCCGUCAUUUUUGUGCAUUUACUGAUUUUGUGUCAUGGAUGGAUACCCCAUAUUUUUUUUUCUAUUUUGUUGUUGUUCUAGAAGAUAUAGAUAGCCAUGCUCAACCAUCAUAGCGUGGAAUGAAAUGAAAUGUAGGUUACAUAUUUGGUUUAGAUACUGUAAAUUAAGCUAAAUUUAGAUGAAUAUCGUGGACCCCUAUAUAAACAAUAAUUAAAUGGCCAUUAGCUGUCAAAUUCAUGUUCGACGAUUUGAAUCAAAUUCUCAUAUUUGAUUUAUAACAUACUAAAACUUAUAUCCAAAUUACAACAAGUCUGAAAUAAACAAUAACAAUGCAUGGAGUUGAUAAUA